ACACGGCGGCGGCGACUGUGAGCGCUGCUGCUGCUGUUCGUGUUAUUGUAGAGAAAUGUCAGGGACGAUACACGCUUGUUGUGGGAACUUUAGAGAUGGUAUCUGGUUUUGCUAUGUGAGGCUUUGUUGUGGACAUUACCACCACCGAAAUUUGAUGUUUUACAAGAAUGAAAUUCCACUGCCAAACAACGAUAAAACCAUUGAAGAUGUCUUGACUGGUUGGUUUGGAGACUACGAGUCUCUUGAAGAGGACCCACUUUAUUUUUACUGGUUGUUUCCAUCGCGUACAGUCCGUUCCAACCUCUACCAACAGACGUUAACAAACCACGAAGCCAGGGAAAUAAAGACAGACAUCCUGUUAAAGAGCAGGGUACACAGGGCGUUCACUAUGAUGUUGGAUUUCUUUGGAAUACACCUCAGUGAUGAUGGUCACUUUAAACUGGCUGACAAUUUCUGGUUUCGACGUGGUAUCUUUGAGCAGUAAGCCAUUCCUUUCUUAACUAUUUUUCAUGUUUAUUCCAGUAUUUAACGGUAAAUCUAGCUCACCGUCUCGUCCU